AGGUUGGUGCUCACGUUGUACUAACCAGUUUGGCGGUGUUGACAAGCUCUCACCAACGUUUUUUGCUGGCAUGGAAGCCAAUGUUGAUUUCUGAAUGGGCUGUGCACACCUCCGUUCCUCUGCAAAUGCACUCAUCGCUCGCCUUUCCUCGUUCCUCCACUGCUUUCGACCUAACAAUGAUGAAGCAACAGAACUUCUGCGAACCUCAAGGCCUUCGGCGUUUCAUCUACAUGUACUGCUCGCUCGCCUAUCGUCAUUCAUUCACCACUCUCCACCUGAAAGUGACUCACCAGACAAAAUUCACCAACUCGCCAUGUCUUCGCAGUUAGAUCCACGUGUGUUCCUAGCUCAUCUUUCCUCAUUUCUGCCUCGACCUCGACUCGGCACUGACGAAGGAGCCGAAACUCAUUUCCCACCGCCUUUGAGUUCGCGUCCAGAUGCACUCAUCAGCCGUCUCCGCUCUCAACCCCACACCAAUGAGGAAAUCGAACACUCAAAAUAUAUACACAAUUAUACAAGCUACACCAAUGCACCAAUCGGGUACAUAUAAUGUCGCUGGGCUACUGUAACCAGAACGACAAACGAUCAUUCGAAGUUCAAACACCAUCACCAUCACUCCAGGCAGUGCUUGCUGUCUUACCGACUGAACCUGACCCGUCCAAGUAUCAAUGUUUUGUAUAUCCUGUUAGCCGCCCAAUUCUUUAGGAAAUUGCAAAAGGCCGUGGUCAGUUAACUCUAGUUGCAUGAUCGGUAUUGUAUCGGAUACUAACGGUAACAUAGGACGGUCUUCGGCAUGUAUUUUUUGACGAUUGCAAUACGUGGCGGAGUACCUGCGGUAAGCUGAGCGAAUCAAAACUGACAAUUCAGGCGUUUUGGUAAACCUGGCCAAACGCAACAAUUGC